GUGUUCACCAUUGUGCUCCAUGUUUAUGGUUUUAUUAACUGCGAAUCUACACACUACAUGACUGCUACACGCUUCACUAUGUGUUAAUUGCUUUAGAGAUGUCUAUUUUUAGGAUGGACGACUAAAUGAUAAUGUCAAUCUUUCAGGAUCUACUAUACGUACAAGUAAUGUCAGUAAUGAAGCAGCCUCUAGAGCUGUGUUGGGUACAUUCUAAUAGUCUAUCAAGGAACCAACAUUUUUAGCCAAGUCACUCAAUUAGAUCUUGAAACUUUGAAGUUGUAGCACAUUGUGUUGAAAUUUAUUUAAAUGUAAAAUCUUAACUUUUGUUUUUAUUAUUAGCAAAAUGAUUUUAACAAUUUUUUGUGUGGCUGUUUAAAUUUGCACAAGGUAUAAAUCUGUACAGUGUAUAAAUCUGAAUAGUAUAUACUACUGCACAGUAUAUAAUUCUGCUAGGUAUUUUCUCAAACUUUUGUUCAAUCUACUAAAGGCAAGAACAGAGAACCUUGGAAGAAGUGUUUGGAAAAAGAUUUUUGCAUCACCAGAAAAGAAAUAUUAAAAAACAACAACACUCUGAGUGACAUGGAGUCUGAAGACGUCAAAGUUGUCCCACAAGGUAGCUCAGAUCAUGUCUCACAAGCUCAUGAAUCAUGUGAGGGUCACAAGACACAAGAUCAGAGCAAGGAGUUUACUGGUGAAUAUGAGAUUCAAGUGUAUGAAGGAUUAGAAGUUGAUCUACACAAACAUAAUAGAGAUUGUAGAAAGAAUCCAGGUCAUCAAGACUUUAUACCUGUCUACAAAUUUAGAUUGACACACUUACCUGAAGCUCUGCGGGAUGAUCUUCUUUUUGACUUCAUCAAAGUUACAGCUGACCUUACUGUCCGAAUCAGCGUUAAGAUGACCAGUCCAAACAGGCCCCAAUUCUGGCCCAGGGGAGACAGACCAUUUCCGCUGUAUGAUUUGAGAGGUAGUGAAACGUUAAGGUCCGGCACCGGGAGGAUCUGGAAUGUUAAGAAGGUCGUUAACGGCGUUGACCAGUUCGGGAUCCCGAGCUUGGUUCACUGCUGGUGUAAGAAGUGCGAACGUAAUGCACGGGGCGGCAGUUUGUGGUGGGAAGUGGAAGUGGACACAGCCACACACGUCAUCUAUGACGACAUAGAGGCCAGAUCUACCUCAGUUCGUCUGUUUUUUGACCAGCCCAACAGCCCCGCUGUGCUCCUCGAUCAGGGCAGCUUUGUGGGGGUCAACAUAGACAAAGACAGCACCCUGUUAAAGUAUGUCACCUGUGACAUCGAGCUGGGCAGUAGGCUGUUUGCUCUGUGGGAUCGCUGGGACGGUCUCUGGAGUAAGGUUUGCGAGAAGUACAAGAAGACCCGUGACGAUCACAAGCUGACCUUCAUCGUGUCACACCCCCAUGGCUUCUCCAAGCAGGUCAGCAUAGGUCAGUGGGUGGAGAAACGACCAGAAGGCAAUGUCGCUUAUAACUUUCAGUUCUCCUAUACGACGUGCACAUGUCCAGGGAGCAGUGGCGCCCCAGUCAAUAUCCUUGGCUACAGUACUGGCUGGGGGGAACACAGUCACUCAGGGGCGUGUGAUACUGAGGAUGGUCUCAAUUUUUGUGGCUUUGGUUAUGUUGCUUAAAGAUUGUGGUAUGAAAUGGGCUUCCCCCAGUCCUGGUGGUGUGUUACCUGAUCCCCUCAGCUGCCCACAGACAUAACAAAACCGCAAAUGCUGUUCAGAAAUCAUGAUACAAAUGACUGUGGCUAGUUCUACCAAGAUCCGGGUUUCCCCUUAUUUCAAUAGCAAACGAAAUCAUUAAUAUUACCAAUAAUUUAUUAAAUAUUUAGUUCAUUUUUAGCGGCCCCCGAAAGGGGAAAAGACGCUAAUAGUUUUGUGCGAAAUGUCUGUCCCUCUGUCCGUCCGUCCCGCCUAGAUCUCGUAAACUAGAAAAGAUAUUGAAAAUCCGACAUCACAAUAUUUUAGACCAUUCAAAGUUCUGAUGCAACGGCUACUUUUUUUUUCUUAAGCGAAAAAAUCUAAUUUUAAAAAUCAGUUAUGCAAGCAAUUUUUAAAGAGAAAAAGCUAAUUAGUAUGCAUUAUAAGUUAGACCUAAUUUAAAACAAAUAGUAAUCUUGUAAAUCUCAUUUUCCUGAACAUAUUUUUAUUGCGGCAACUAAAAAUUAUUUUUUCUUAAGGGAUUCGAACAAGAGAUUGAGCCAUUUCAAAACAAUUAGAUCAAUUAUAAGACAUCAGUUAGACCAGGGGAGGUGCGGGGGCUGAGCGGUAAAGCGCUUGGCUUCAGAACCGGGGGUCCCGGAUUCGAAUCCUGGGAUUUUUAACUUUGGAAUCCUUGGGCGCCUCUAAGUCCACUCAGCUCUAAUGGGUACCUGACAUUAGUUGGGGAAAAGUAAAGGCGGUUGGUCGUUGUGCUGGUUACAUGACACCCUCGUUAACCGUAGGCCACAAAAACAGAUGAACCCUACAUCAUCUGCCCUAUAGACCACAUGGUCUGAAAGGGGAACUAGUUAGGCCAGGUUCACAUCUUACUUUACAUUCACUUUUACCUAUCAUUUGAUCUGCGGGACCGUUGGGGCACUACACAAGAUCUGUUAACCUUCCUUCUCCAUUCUUAUCUCUCAUUUGUCUUUGAUAUAAUUUCAUUCGGAUGUUCUUUCUGAAAAUAUUGAAGCCUGCCUGGGUGGAACACUUCGGGGGCCGAAAGAUAGAUUGAAACAUUUGGUAAUUCUAGCUAUUGAGCGGGAUGUAUGUAGGAAACAGAAUUAUUAUGAUGUACUCUAUGACUUUCCUACACGCAAGGCUCGUAAAGUAAUUCUGUACGUAGUAAAGAAUGAAUAAAAUGCAAAGACGAAUUUAUUUUCCAAUACAAACUCUUAAAUUUCAUUUUUUGUCCGCUUCCCUACCCAAAACGUGGCCCCGCGAAAUCCGUUUCGAAUAGGGCCCCACAAUGCUUAAGUCUGGCCCUGCUAUUUAGUGUUUGUAAAAUGUUUGUUUGUAAAAUGUUUGACAUGUUUCGGAUGUUCCUUCAGAGUUUACUUUUUAGUCCAAACCUCCCGCAAGACGAAGGGGGAUGGGGGCGGGCAGGGUUUGACAGUCCAGCGACGUGUGAAUACCCACGUGUUCUCCCCCCCCCUCUUGUUUUCUCGUGGACUAUCAGCAGAAAUAAGAGAGUGAUCUUUCCUUUACUUCUUCUCUUUUAAACUGUUGAGGGAAGAAGAGAAUUAUAUAUAUAGAUAGGCUACUUUAAAAAGUAUAGCUUAUCUUAGAGAGAUAACUCCACAUUUACACGCAUACUUCCUAAUACUGUAAGAUUUAUUUCCCUUUUUAAUACCAAGCAAAAUUAAUUAAUUAACAAAAUUUGAUUAAAUAUUUGGUUAAUUUUUUGAUUAAUUCAGAUGUUGUCUAAGACAGAGUGAGUUGACAAGAGUAAGUUGACAAGAGUAGGUUGACAAGAGUAAGUUGACAAGAGUGAGUUGACAAGACUGAGUUGACAAGAGUUGACAAGAGUAAGUUGACAAGAGUGAGUUGACAAGAGUGAGUUGACAAGAGUGAGUUGACAAGAGUAAGUUGACAAGAGUGAGUUGACAAGAGUGAAUUGACAAGAGUGAGUUGACAAGAGUGAGUUGACAAGAGUAAGUUGACAAGAGUAAGUUGACAAGAGUGAGUUGACAAGAGUGAGUUGACAAGAGUAAGUUGACAAGAGUGAGUUGACAAGAGUGAGUUGACAAGAGUAAGUUGACAAGAGUAAGUUGACAAGAGUAAGUUGACAAGAGUGAGUUGACAAAAGUGAGUUGACAAGAGUAAGUUGACAAGAGUGAGUUGACAAGAGUAAGUUGACAAGAGUAAGUUGUCAAGAGUAAGUUGACAAGAAUGAGUUGACAAGAGUGAGUUGACAAGAGUAAGUUGACAAGAGUGAGUUGACAAGAGUGAGUUGACAAGAGUAAGUUGACAAGAGUGAGUUGACAAGAGUAAGUUGACAAGACUGAGUUGACAAGAGUAAGUUGACAAGAGUGAGUUCACAAGAGUGAGUUCACAAGAGUAAUAACAAAUGUAACUUCGUUAUAUUAUUUUAAAAGCCUUACAGUUAUUUUUCUGUUUUGUUUUCUUUCUGCAUUGAAGUCACCCAUUAUGAUAAGGAUGUUAUUUUUAGGUCUGUCAUGUAUGAAAGUAGUCGGUCAGUUGUAAACAUUGUCCUUCCCCUCCUCUUCACUGUCGUUUGUUGGGGCACUGGACAAUAUCUAAGGUAAUCCUCUUCUGCACUGUAUGGAAUAAGGCUGUUAUUAUCCAUGCGCUUCCCAUCCAAUAAGUGCUCCCUGAGCCAGCUUAGUAUAAACGUAGCUCACCCAAAGUCAGUCUUUUCUACCAGUUCAUCUUGACUCGCUGAUUCCUAAGAUGAUGAGGUUAAUUGACUCGCUGAUUCCUAAGAUGAUGAGGUUAAUUGACUCGCUGAUUCCUAAGAUGAUGAGGUUAAUUGACUCGCUGAUUCCUAAGAUGAUGAGGUUAAUUGACUCGCUGAUUCCUAAGAUGAUGAGGUUAAUUGACUCGCUGAUUCCUAAGAUGAUGAGGUUAAUUGACUCGCUGAUUCCAAAGAUGAUGAGGUUAAGGUUAACCGUAACCCUAACCAUUUUCAUCUUAGCUUGCGCUGUCUUCCCAGUCUCAUACAUGGUCCAGACGUUCCAUGUACCAAUGCUGGUGAUGGUCCCAUGGUUUAAUCGAUGGUCUUCGGCCUAUGGGCUUCCUGAUGGCUCAGGCUUUCAUCGAAAUGCGUCAUAAGUCUUCCAGCUGGAGGUCCAUCUUCUCCCAGGUCCGUGACUUCUGUUGAUUUGCUGUUUCUGUAGCUAAUGGUUUUUCUCAGCCGAGCUUGGGACCGUCCCUUGGCGGAGUUUAAAAAUUAGUUAUCAAUGAUUAUGAAACAAAUAGUUAUUUUAAAUAUUGUUUCAUGUUUUAUUAGGUACAAAAAUAAUUGUGUAAAGUUUUCACUUGAUCCGAGACUGGGUGUAGGAAUAUUAACGUGUAAAAAGUUUACCUGACAGAAAGACAAGCUUUGUAAAAAUUAUUUUUUAGAAGAAAAUAAAGCUUACCAAAGUAAAAUAAUCGCAAAAAUCAAUGGCACAUAUCUCAAUACUACAGGUUCUAAUUAAUUAAUUACAAUUAAUUGUUUUACUAAAUGGUUAAUUUUUCUUAUUGAUUCAUGUAUAGUCAUUAAAUAUACUUAGUAAUGCAAAAUGUUCAGGUGAUCCUAGAACGUGUACUUACGGGGAAUUAUUCCACAUACGCAUCCACAUUUCUCAACAUUGUUGAAUUUAUUUCCCUAUUUCAAUACCAAAGAGAAAAUUAAAUUACCAAUGACUAAUUAACUAAUUGGUGCGUGACCAUCUGGCUUCAGAUUUAUCUAAUAGAGGGCUUAAGAUUCCUACUGGUCAAUUAACUUGUGCAUCGGUAUUUUAUUUGGAGACUUCUGAAGUUUAUAAUGUAAUACAUUAUUAUUAUUAUGUUGCAAGUACAAUGUAUAAUGUUUAAAAAUAAUGCAAAACUAUUUAUUACUAUUUCAAAGACCAGUUUAUUUGAAACAACCCUAAUUGAAUAUAUAUUCCUUGCUUAGUAAAGAAUAAAGUGUUGAAUGGUAA